AUGGGGUCCAUUUCACCUCCGCCUCUCGAGAUUAGCCCGCCUCUGGUCAACUCGGCGAACCCUUGGGCGACCAGUCUCGAAGAUCUCAAGGCACUCUACGAAUGCCCCAACAUCGGUGCUGUAACUACUCGGACGUCUCUCAUCUCGGGCUUUGCACACGACCCAUCGAGGCAUCAAUUCACCCUCUUCGACGUGGUCACUCAUCAGUCUGAGCAAGACCGUACCAAUCUGAAGGGCCGUGAGAGCGCAAGUCUCAAUACACUGGGGUAUAGCCCCCACACGCUGGGAACCUACCUCGGGUUCAUAGGGCAGAUAGCAAAGGCGCCUUGUGCUCGGCCAGACAAAGGUUUUAUCAUCUCUGUUACUGGCAGCCCCGAGGAAGUCGCACAAUGUUACUCCCUCAUCAGACAAUUACAGGAAUAUGUUCCCUUCCCACUCGCCAUGGAGAUCAACCUCAGCUGUCCCAACAUCCCGGACAAGCCACCGCCGGCCUACAACGGCGACUCUCUGAAGUCCUACCUGACAUCAUUGCAGGAGCUUGUAUCGGAGCCAGGCGUCGCGCGUAUCCCGUUUGGUCUGAAGACUCCACCUUACACACACGCGGCUGAGUAUAUGGAGCUCUUCUCCGCCCUCAAGUCCUCGGCGCAGCGGGACCGGCACGGCGUGUGUCCUGUCUCGUUCAUAACAGCAACAAACACCCUCGGUUCAUGCCUGGUCCUCGCCGACCCGGAAGUGAAUGCGUCCAGCGGCCCUGCGCUACCUGCAUUGGGCAUCGGUGGGAUGGCGGGCGCACCAUUACAUCCCCUAGCUCUGGGUAACGUGAGGACCAUUCGAAGGAUUCUGAGCGAGGCAGGAAGCCCUCUGGCUCAUAUACAGAUCAUUGGCGUGGGCGGAGUCUUAGACCACAACGGAUACAAGAGGAUGCAAGCUGUGGGUGCCGACAUUGUGGGCGUUGGCACAGGUUUGGGACUCAAGGGCGUGAGCGUUUUCGGCGACGUCCUCAACGCAAAAUUUACCAGUUUCAACGGAUUUCUGGUGUCCAUGGAGAAUAAUCAGCACUGA